AGACAGACUCUGUCCCACAUGUGGUCUCCAGUGUGUCUGACAGAGAGACUGUCCCUCCUGGUGGUCCAGCUGGAGGACGGAGUCAGAACAGAGUCUGAGAUAUCAGGUCCUGGUCCUGGUUUGAGGACUCUGUCUCUGUCUCUGCUGUGUGAGAGGACAACUGCAUGAUGUCAUCCUGGAGGCGGGGUUAUGUUAAUGAGGAGUCAACGGGAGGGUGUGAGCAUCCUCCUCCUCCUCAUCCUCCUCUGAGGUGUGUCUGCUGGAGCUGCAGACAGAGAGGCAGACGGGCAGACGGACCUCCGGUAAACCGACUCGCUGUCUUUGUUCCCACCGAACUGAACAUGGCGUCAAAAUGUCCCAAAUGCGAGAAGACGGUGUAUUUCGCGGAGAAGGUGUCGUCUUUGGGGAAAGACUGGCACAAGUUCUGUCUGAAGUGUGAACGCUGCAACAAGACGCUGAAUCCAGGAGGCCACGCCGAGCACGACGGGACGCCGUACUGCCACAAGCCGUGCUACGCCGCCCUCUUCGGACCAAAAGGCGUGAACAUCGGUGGAGCCGGUUCCUACGUGUACGACGCUCCCGCCAACGAAGCCCCUGCUGCCGUUUCCAUGGAAACAGAUGCCAAACCAGAGAAGCAGAAAAAAGCCCCCCCCGUACGGGGACCGGUGAAGGCUGCGAGCUUCUCGUCUUUCUCUGGAGGACCCAACAUCUGCCCCAGAUGCAACAAGACGGUUUACUUCGCUGAGAAGGUGUCGUCUCUCGGGAAGAACUGGCAUCGGCCCUGUCUGCGCUGCGAGAGAUGCAGUAAGACCCUGGCUGCCGGCAGCCACGCCGAGCAUGAUGGACAGCCUUACUGCCACAAACCGUGCUACGCCGUCCUGUUUGGGCCCAAAGGUGUGAACACUGGAGGUGUCGGCAGCUACAUCUACGAUGAACCUGAAGCUGAAGCUGAAGCUCAGCCCUGAUCCCUGACGCUGCCUCCAGGACCCUCCAGGACCCUCCAGGACCCUCCAGGACCCUCCAGGAUCCGGCAGGACCCUCCAGGAUCCUCCAGGACCCUCGAGGAUCCUCCAGGACCUCCAUGUCUCUUUGAUUAGCCUUCUACAGUCACGGUGACAGAUGUUCUGCGAUCACAGGGAUGGAUAUUUAGAUGU